GAGAGUUCCAGGGGCUUGGCUUUGGGGCAGGGAGGCUUUCCCAUCCCACUUUGGAAACCUGAUCUUGGCCUCUGAAUCCCUUUGCUGCUUUGUCCAGGGGCUUCCUUGCCAGGGAUGCCAUCCCAGGGGGAAGAAGAAGAUGAGGAGGAGGAAGGUUCUCUGCUGCGUCCCCUGAAGCUGAUCGCCCUGCUCUGUGCUUCCUUGGCCCUUGCUUUGGAUGCAGCUGCUUUAGGGAGUCCAGCCUGGGUCACUUCGCAGGAAGACUCCCUGGCCCUUUGGCAGACCUGCAGGAGGCACCAGGAUGGAGGAGCCUGGCAGUGCCACUCUGCCCUACAGACCGACUGGCAAAUAGCUACUCUGGUUUUAAUCCUGACUGCAGCCACCAUCACUCUGCUGUCAUUCUUCAUGUCUCUGAUUUCCUUCUGCUUGGGUACUUACAAGCGGUAUUACCGGGUCAUUGCUGUCCUCCUUUUUGCAGCAGUGGUCCUGCAAGUCUGCGCCUUAAUUCUCUACCCAAUCAAAUUUAUUGACAGUAACCAGCUGAGGAGCUACCAUGAGUUCAGCUGGGGAUAUGGUUUGGGUUGGGGAUCUGUCAUCUUCAUGCUGGGUGCAGCCAUCCUUUACUGCCUGCGCAUAGAUGUGUAUGAAGAGGCCUACCACUGAGACAAGCCAAGAAAAUGGGAUUGGAUUAUCCAACUAAUUGGUCCAAAUUAUUACACGGAGCCAGAUGAAAUGGUGAAGGGACCAAAGGAUUCAUAGAGAAGUCUUGGUCCUUCUGAAUGUCCGCUUCAUCUUGACAAGAAGCUAGGUCAGUCCCAUGAAGAAGGAGAAUGAGGCACUCAAAGAGUCAGAGGAACUGCAACUAUCAAUGAGCCUGUGAUGUUUCUUCAAUUUCCUUUUCUUAUUCUUGUUUUCUUCUUGUUAUGCAGGAAGUUAUCUUUAUUAUUGUGUUCAUUACUACAGUCAGCCCUCUUUAUCCACAGAUUUUUUUAUCCAUGGAUUGAACAUAUUCCAGAAAAAAAUUAUAAAUUCCAAAUAGCAAACCUUGAUUUUCCAUUUUAUAUAAGGGACACCAUGUUGCUGUGCCGUUAUAUUUUAUGAGACUUGAUUAUCCAUGGAUUUAUGAGUCUUGAGUAUCCAUGGAUCCAUGGGGUGUCCUGGAACCAAACCCCAGCAGAUAACAAGGACCCACUGUAUUUUUAAACAGAAUAAUUCCUAUGGUAAAGAUGUAUUUAUUUGCUCUUAUUUUGAGGUGGUCUGAUAUCUACCCAUUGCAUAAAAGGAGGAUGAGGAGGGAGGAAUCCUGAGUCUUGCAAAAUAGGAGAGGGGUAUUUAGGAUUCCCAGCCAGAGAGCUCGAGUGCCAACAACUACAAAUCCCAGGAUUCAUUAGGAUCACACCAGAGGAGUUAAAGUGUGUAGUGUGCAAGAGCCCCAGGAAUGCUGUUAUCCUUCAGUUCCACCAAACCAUAGUCAUUGUGGCCAGUAAAUAAGGACAAUGGCCAUUGUAGUCCAAAUAUUUUGAAGGAGGAUGUUUUCCCCAUUCUUAUUAUACAUAUAUACUGGUGGGAAAUCCAUCUGAUCCAGGCAACCUACUUUCUGUGCUCAGCGAAUGAUAGUGAUCUUGGUUGGCUUUGCUGUCUGCAGAAGGCAUUGUGGGGUUGUGAGAUUGCAAAGACGAAUAAACCAGCAUACUGAAAUGA